AUGGAGCCAUCCACUGCCCCCGGUGCUGAACCGGCUGAUUUCGAGUUGUACUCGGUGAUUCCAUCCAAUGUCACCUACCCGGACGACGAGAUGGGGUUCGAGCCCAACGGAGAAAACUACACCCAUCAGCUCCCGGUUCAGAGCGCCUCCAAUAUUAUAGUAGCCAUCUCCAUCACGGCGCUCUACUCCGUUAUCUGCGUUGUGGGAUUGCUCGGGAAUGUCCUUGUGAUGUACGGCGUGGUGAGAUACACCAAGAUGAAGACAUCCACCAACAUCUACAUCUUUAACCUGGCUCUAGCGGAUGCCCUAGCCACUAGCACACUGCCCUUCCAGAGCGCCAAGUACCUGAUGGGGACCUGGGCAUUCGGAGAGGUCCUCUGUAAGGUGGUCAUCGCCAUUGACUACUACAACAUGUUCACCAGCAUCUUCACCCUGACCAUGAUGUCUGUGGACCGCUACAUCGCUGUGUGCCACCCAGUGAGAGCCCUGGAGUUCAGGACGCCUGCCAAGGGUAAGAUCAUCAACGUUCUGAUCUGGGUUCUGUCCUCUGCCAUCGGAGUGCCCAUCAUGGUCAUGGCUGUGACCAAAACGACAGACAGUGGUCAGACUAUGUGCACGCUGAAGUUCCCCGACCCUGACUGGUACUGGGACAUGGUCACUAAGAUCUGCGUGUUCAUCUUUGCCUUCAUCGUCCCUGUCAUGGUCAUCACCAUCUGCUAUGGUCUGAUGAUACUGCGUCUGCGCAGUGUCCGACUGCUCUCCGGUUCUAAGGAGAAGGAUCGCAACAUGCGCCGCAUCACCCGCAUGGUCCUCGUGAUCGUCGCAGCCUUCAUCAUCUGCUGGACACCCAUCCACAUCUUCAUCAUCAUCAAGACCCUGGUGGAGAUCAACUCUACGAACCCCUACGUGAAAGCCAGUUGGCACCUCUGCAUUGCGCUGGGCUACAUGAACAGUAGUCUCAACCCUGUUCUCUACGCUUUCCUGGACGAGAACUUCAAGAGGUGCUUCCGGGACUUCUGCCUGCCCUGCCGGACCCGCGUGGAACGCAACUCCCUCAACAGGGGUCGGAACGCCAACCGGGAGCCCGUGUCCGUCUGCACUCCGACUGUAGCUGGGAAGGAAAGGAAGCCUGUAUGACUAGGCAUGGACCAGAUCCCUUGUGGUUCUGGUUCUCAACCCAGGAGGGCCCAGCAAGACUUGCAGUCUGAGGUCACCCAGAUCUCCACAACAGAGUUCUGACAGG